CCCCGGAGGCCGCUCGAGGUAUCACAGCCUGCUCCGCUCACCGGAAGCCACGCACCAGCUAACUUCCAUGUGCUGCUCCGGAGAUGAGAUGAGCUCUGUAACCUGGAGCUUAUCUGCAAACUGAUCUCACUGUACAGCUACAGCCAGGUUUCGGCGAUGUCGGAGCUCAGGAUUAACUCCAGUUUCGCGCAGAAAUACGACAAAUACCGACAGAGAGAAGAGUUACAGAGACUGAAGGACCGGUAUGGAGACCAAGCAGAUGACAGCGACUCCGACUCGUCUGAUUCCAGCUCUGAUGGCAGUGAAGUGGAGCUGGAUCCUGAAGUGGAGAAGGACUUCUAUAGAACAUUGUCACUGUUGAAGAAGAAGGAUCCCAAGAUCUAUGAGAAAGAUGCCAAGUUCUACACAAAAGAUGAAUUCUCCAGUGAAGCCAAACCUUCAACUUCCAGGACGGCAGUGAAGCCCAUGUACCUGAAGGACUAUGAGCGGAGAGUCAUCCUGGAGAGAGAGGGCAAAUAUGAGGACGAUGAAGACAGUGAUGGUGAGGACGCUGUACGGAGGAGAGAGCGAGCGGCGUCUCCCAGUUACGUGCAGGAGCAGCUGGAGCUGAAAGACAGCUUCCGGAAGUUCGUCCAGGACAGCGACGACGAAGACGCCAGCGGGGUGUCGCAGCUGCUGACCAGGAGGGUGAAGACACAAGAGGAGCAGGAGGAGGAGGAGGCAGACUACCUGGCCUGGCUGCGAGGACGAGCGGAGCUGGACGGUCCAGAGGAGGUGAAGGACAUGAAACACCUGCGGGACUACUGGAACGACCCGGAGCUGGACGAGAAGGAGCGCUUCCUGAGGGAUUACGUCCUGAACAGAGGCUACUGUGAGGACGAGCAGGACGACCACCGGAUCCCCACCUACGACGAGCUGGUCCAGGACCAGCUGAAGGACUCCGAGGAGGAGGGGGAGACCUUCCUGGAGCGACAGGAGGACUUCGAGAGAAGCUACAACUUCCGCUUCGAGGAGCCGGACGGCCAGCAGAUCAAGACGUACCCGCGCAGCAUCGCCACGUCGGUGCGCUCCAAGGACGAGCGCAGGAAGCGCAAGAGGGAGGAGGUGAAGGAGAGGAAGAAGAAGGAGAAGGAGCAGAAGCAGGAGCAGCUGAAGCAGCUGAAGAACCUGAAGAGGAACCAGAUCACGGAGAAGCUGCAGAAGCUGCAGGAGCUGACGGGGAACCGCGCUCUGGCCUUCAGCCAGGACGACCUGGACGGGGACUUCGACCCCCGGCAGCACGACCAGCUCAUGCAGAAGCUGUUUGGAGAGGAGUACUACGGACAGGACGAGGAGGAGAAGCCCCAGUUUGAGGACGAGGACGACAUGGAGGAGCCCUGGAACUGGGACACCUGGACGGGCGAGGAGCGUGAGGAAGAGUAUGUCCAGGACGAAGAGGAGUCCGGAGCUGCCGGGCCUCACUGUGACGAUGAGGACUUUAAUAUGGACGCCGACUUCGACCCGAGCCAGCAGACCGCCCCCAAGAAGAAGAAGAAGAAGGAGCGCAGGAGAGCCAAGGACCCGCCUCCGACGGGGAAGAGGAGGAAGACGUCCCACUUCGCUGAAGUCAUCACGCAGAAGAAACCCGUGUUCGACCCCCAGGACAGGAGCUUCCAGCAGUACCUGGAUGAGUACUACAAGCUGGACUACGAGGACGUGAUUGACGACCUUCCCUGCAGGUUCCGCUACCGGCAGGUUCUCCCCAACGACUUCGGCCUGUCCACUGACGAGAUUCUCGGCGCCGACGACAAGGAGCUGAACCGCUGGUGUUCCCUGAAGAAGACCUGCAUGUUCCGGUCCGAGCAGGAGGAGAUGAGCGACCUGAAGAACUACAAGAUCAAAGCGCAGAACGACAGGAGGAAGAAGGAGAUCCUCGGCUCCAUCUAUUCCCAGGGCGACAGAGACCCAGAAGAACCCGCCACCAGGGGGUGCAGGAACCCACCAGAUCCGCUGAAGGACGGCCAGGAGGAGGACGAGGAGGAGGAGGAGGAGGAGGAGCUGCUGGUUCCCAAGAAGAAGGCGAAGCAUGGAGAGGAGCCGGAGGAGGCGGAGCCCAGGACCAGCAGGCCCGGGCCAUCCCAGAAGCCCCGGCGCUCAGGAGGCCGCCUCCUGCUGGGAGCCGGCGGCGUGAAGAUCGGCGGGCGAGAAUUCAGCAAGCAGAGACUGAAGGCCUACGGUCUGAACCCCAAGAGACUGUACUUCAGACAGCUCGGCAGGCAGAAGAGAAAAGCCCAGGAGAAGAAGGACAAGCAGAAGAAGCCCUGAUGGUUCUGACAGAACCACAACCUCCUCUGUUUGGAGAACUCGAGAUCUCGUGGAGCUGGCAGUUGGAGAAUUUCCACAUGAUGUAAAGAAUAAAUCUGCAUUUGUGUCUCUGUCAGUGGAGUGUGUGGCUCAGGGGACGGGACGGGACGGGACGGGACGGGACGGGACGGGACGGGACGGGACGGGACGGCUGCAGUGAAGACAGACUCUGGUCCUGGAGGAGGAAGCUCCAGGUCUUCUCCUCCGUCUCACACCUCUAUGAAGGAAGCGGCCGUCAGCACUGCUCUUGACCAAAUGAGAAGAAUCCUGCAGACAGACACUCACCUGUGAACAUGCACAGUGAAUCUGAACAGUGAAAUGUCUCACGUCUGUAAGAAUUCACCCCUUCAUCUGACACAGGAAACUGAGCCGUGGCGGAGGUCUGCCUCUCUGGGUGCCAAAUUCUAGUUUUUAUGAAUAUUUUUAUGAAAAAAAGAGUUUUUUCUCAAUAGCUCACAGGUUAUUUGACCUAUUUACUCCAAAUCACUCGUGAAUCCCUUGACUGUAGUCUCUUUCAGACACAGCUUUUUGUUUUAGCUUUAAAGCUCAUGUCCGGAGUUUUGAAAGAGAGAGGUUUUUUUUUAAUCCAACAUCUCAGGUUCCC